AUGGUGAGAACGUAGAAUAACGUGCCGGCUCUAGGGGUUCCCACAUAAUGCGUAGUCCCGGAGACUUCACCGCCGAUACACUGGCGACACGCACAUGGAACGGGCCCUCCCACACGGUCGGCCGGACCGCGAACGACCGCGGUUUUUCCGUCGACGGUCAAAUUCGAUCUCACAACCCCCUAACUGGCCUAACCGAUCAAUUAUUCCUCUUCCCCCCGUGUAAUAGUCGUCCUGCCCCGGUCUUUUUCCGUUUUCACCGAUGCCCAGGCGUGCCCAGUUCGGCGAGUAUUUCAACGAAACGCGAUUAUUUGUUGUCUGUUCGCAUCGAAUACGUUCAGGGUCGUAACCGAAAAAUCGGGUCGUUGUAAUAUUUGUACGAAUAUGACGGUAAUUUCCUCGUCUAAAAGAGGAAAGUGCCAAGUGGACGGCAAUUUUUAAAAAUUCAAUCGAUAACCCAUCGGGUAGAUGAUUGAAUAAAAUCAUAAAACAGUUCAAUCAAUAUUAAAAUAGCAUUUGAAAUUGUAUUAUUAAAGAACAAACUAAAUGAUGAAUAUAUAUAUAUAGAUAGUAACCAAAAACAUAAUUAUAAAUAUCUAGUUAAUUGGGUACCGUAAACUAUAAUUUCGAAAACAAAAAAAAAAUUACAUUUCAUAUUAUAAUAAAGAUUUUCACGACACUGGUACAAUAGCAGUACUUAUAAACAGUUUCAAAAAUUGUGAUCAUCUCCUUGUAGGCCACUAUGCUGGUGCCUGUACAGUAUUUUAUUGGGAGGCUUUCAUGAAUUAUAGAUCGGCUUGCUUAAUGUUUAAUACGUAAUUAGAACCGGUACCGUUGUACACAUUUUACACACAGUGUAUUAUAAUAAUGAUCAUAAUAAUAAUUAUGAUUAUUGUCAUUACAUUGGAUUUUAAAAAAAAAAUUGUCAUUGUCUUGAGUUAAAAAUUUGUUUUUAGUCACCAAACCAUCAAAAGCAUACUGAUAAAUGGUGGGAGACAGAGUACGGCGAGAAUAUCCAUUCAUAUUUACAGUACUGUGAAGUCAAAUGGAGGAUAAUGUACAAAUUUGCAGCUCGAUCGCCACAAGUAAUGCACAAAAUAAUUGUUAUUAUAUUGUCGGUUGAUUUCUAAACGUUUAGAUCCCUACUUACAAUAUUUUAACUGUUAAUGCUGUCUAGAUCCAUAUGCGGCCCGUUUUAUUAAAAACGAUUAGAUCUUUAUCAAAGAAAUAUGAAAUGUCAAAUGCAUGUGUUCAUCUAGCUGUUUUAUUGUUGGAUUUCUUUAUGGACAAUCAUGAUCUAAAAUUUGAUACAAUAAUGCUAGUGAUGUUUGCAUGUUUAACAUUAGCUGGUAAGUAUUAUUUUUUGUUAGCCCUAUCAAAUCCUAAAUAAAUAUCCACACUAAUUCUAUAAUGUAUUUCAACAGCAAAAAUUGAAGAACAUUGUUUUAUUAUACCAAAGUUGAACAGUAUGCGUAAUGUUAUUAGUAGAGAUGUUACAAAUUCCUUAUUACGGAAAGUAGAAAUGAAAAUUUUAAUGUUUUUCAACUGCAGUGUCGCAGUACCCACGGUCGCACAUUUUAUCGAAUUAUAUAAAGAACAUUGUUACCAUGACAAAGAUUUUUCCGACUGUGGAGCUGCACGCCGUUUGAAAGACCAGUUUGACAGUAUGAUAUUGUUUUAUCAAGAUGUAUCAUUGGAAAGUGAGUAUAAUUAUUAAUACAUUUUGAUUAUCUAUUUUUAUUCAUUGAAUAUUGUGCUUUUGGAUGCAUUCAUAAUUUGUAGAAGUAUACGUAUGUUAAUUUUGUUGCAACUAGAACUAAUGAAACUCAUUUUGUAAUAUUUUUAAAAAAAAUUUGUUUUAGUAGGUUAAGUACCUAUCUUAAAAAUUCUUUUAUUGAUUAAUCAAAUUAUCUCUAUCAUUAAUGUAAUUAUUAUUUAUAUCAUAGCAUUGGUAGCCUUUAAGUUACAUAUGUUUGGAUUUAUUUGGCUUUGGACAAUUUAUUUUAGUAUAGAUAAUAAUUUAAAUUUUUGUCUGGAAAAUGUAUGAUAGAAUUGAAUAUAAUAGUAUAUCUAGUAACUUUUUGUAUUUCUUUUAUUUUUUGAUGUCUUAGAUUUUUCCUAACGUAUGUCUAUUCACAUUAUGUUGAAUUUAUUUGAUGUUUUUGUUUCAGGCUUAAAAUUAAUAUCCUACAAUCCAUCAAUGAUAGCAGCGAGUAUUAUCUUAACUACUAGGCAUACAUUAAGAUUGGCACCUUGUUGGACUGUGAAAUUACGCAAAGUGACAGGAUACUUAAAAAAAGAUCUCGUGCAAUGUUGUUCUCUAUUAGGGUAUUAUUUUUAGAUAUUUUUAAAUUACAUUAUUAAGUAGUGAAUUUUUUUGUUUGAAACACGUGUACGAUUUUAGUGAACAUAUUACACAUGAAUAGCUAAAACUAUAACUAAAAAUCGAUUAUAUUAUAUUAUUUGCUUUAUGUUUUGUUUUAAAGUCAUAUUUACUUUUAGUUUUGAGUUAUAUUGAUGGUUUUUUUUUAUUUGACUUAAUUUUUUUAUAAAAAUGGUUAUUUUUCUCUUGACAGCCAAUUGCUAAAUUUUGUUUAUUUAAUACAAUAAAUGUUACAAUUGUCACAGACAGCAAUAUAUUUUGUUGUUAUUUUCUUGGUUUUCAACCCAUAUUUUAUUUUAAUUUAAUAUCGGGUUCUUAUUGUAUUAAUUAAUUAUAAUAUUUUUUUACAGAAGAAAUGUAAUGCAGCACAGGAAAUAUGUUCCACCAGUAGAUGAAGGGUAUCAAAGUUCUUCUCCAGUUUUUCGAUCUCCAAUUAUCAUGGGAACUAGAAAAAAAAGAACGCAUAUAGAUAUGCCUAGUAUAAUUUCAUCAAAACGGCUAGCGUUUUAA